AUGAUUGCGCUCAUACUCUUGGCCGUCGUCGCCGUCGGCACGAUUUACGUCUGGCGAAGAGAGGCGUGCCUCAACGCCCCGUGGGUGCCGGACGACGAGACGAACAAGUUUACCCAGACGCCGCUGCCGCCACCGUCCGAGCGGAACAGCAUCCUCCAGCGCAAGCUCCCGCUACGCACGCGCGGCCGCUACAUCGUCGACUCCGCCGGCGACCGGUUCCAGCUGCUGUCCGUCAACUGGUACGGCGCGAGCGACGAGCUGUUCGUGCCCGGCGGGUUGGAAGUGCGACACCGCGACGACAUUGCGCGGACCAUCCGCCGUCUCGGCUUCAACAGCGUGCGUUUGCCGUACGCGGACGAGCUCGUGGUGCGGAAUCCGGUGAUAUCCGCGGAGCUGGUGGCGGCGAACCCGGACCUGGCCGGGCUCCGGGCGCUGGACGUGCUGGAAGCCGUGGUGGCGGCGCUGACGGGCGCGGGGCUGGCGGUGGUGGUCAACAACCACAUCACGCGGGCGACGUGGUGCUGCGGCGCGGACCCGUGCGACGCCGGCUGGGCCAACGACCACCUCGGCGGGCUGUGCGCGGUGCGGCAGACGGAGGAAGGCUGGAUCCGCAACUGGGAGGAGGUCAUGGGCAGGUUCCGGGGGGACCCGCUGGUGGUCGGCGUGGACCUACGCAACGAGGUGCGCGGGCUCUGGGGCACGAUGCCCUGGCGGAGCUGGGCGGAGGCGGCGGAGCGUUGCGCGGACAGACUCCUAGCGAUGAACCCGGGCUGGCUGGUGGUCGUCGAGGGCACCGAGUCGGCCAACGACCUGUCCGGCGCGCGGGCCCGGCCGGUGCGCCUGAGCGUGCCGGACCGCGUGGUGUACUCGGCGCACGUGUACGCGUGGUCCGGCUGGGGCAGCUGGGGAGGACGCUUUGCUCAGCGGCGAUACGGGUCGUUUGUGAAGGAGAUGCGCAAGAGUUGGCUUUGGAUGCUGGAGGAGGAGGUGGCGCCGGUGUGGGUGGGCGAGCUCGGGGCCGGGAGGGAGCCGUCGCGCGGCGCGGAGAGGUAUUGGCGGAACUUGUGGAGGCUGCUGAAGACGGUGGACGCGGACUUUGGGUACUGGGCGGUGAACCCGAGGAAGGUGGCGAACGGCACGGUAGAGACGUACUCGCUACUGGAGGAGGACUGGGAGACGCCGGUGCUGGAUUAUCGGAUGAAGGACAUGGUCGGGCGCAUCUUCCAGCUCGCGAUCCGCUAUGGCAUCCUGACCCUUCCACGGCCCGCAGUCGUCUUGUGGGCACGCUCGGUGGUGGCGUACCCGACGCUUCCCACCACCGGCAUCUACGACAGCGUGCGCAUCUCCGAAGGCACCAAGUUGGUGGCUCUCUUACGUCGAGUGUACCCCAAGGUCGAGCACGGGCCGGGUGUGUGGUGGCCGAGGGUGGUCGCGGGCGUGGCCGUCGCGGACGGCGAGGCGGAGGACCGCGAUUUUGUGGACCGGUGCUUGCUCGAGAUUUGGCAGCACCCCCUCGCGGAACACGGGCCGCUCUUGGGCUUGCAGAAGCUGCGGAGACUCUGGCGCUCAGGCAGGACGGGUGGGAGGACCGACGAGCCUGUCCCUUGUUGA